GUCCAAUCACUUAACGCGCAUGCGCCGUGGUGAAUCUAUGAUUACCGGACGGACGAUCGCUAGUCAUCAAUCGGUGAUCUGUCAUUUGCUCGUUCUACCUCCUGUUUAUGUAAUUUUUCAUUCAAUUUCAAAAUAGACCGAUUCAUGUGUCUGUUUGAAAAAGUCUUCGUUCGAAAUAACACCGGGUAACUCGAUUCGAAUCGGUCGAUAUACACAAGACACGAAGAAACGUAGUAACGAACAGGCGUGUGUAUCUAUCUGUUGAAAAACUACGGACCUUGCCAUGACGACAGAGGAGAAGUUUCACGCGGCUGUUAAUGUGAUCAGGAGCCUGCCAAAAAAUGGAGCGUAUCAACCUAGCAAUGAAGUUAUGUUACGUUUCUAUGCAUACUAUAAACAAGCGACAGAAGGACCAUGCCAACAUUCGAAACCUGCUUUCUGGGAAGUAGUUAAAAAAGCCAAGUGGGAAGCUUGGUGUCGUUUAGGUAACAUGAGUACAACCGAAGCUAUGAAUAAUUAUGUGGAAGAAUUGAAAAAGAUUGUGGAAACCAUGUCUUAUACGGAUAAAGUAGCUAAUUUUCUCGGUAGUCUGGAUACAUUUUACGAGAGUGUUCCACAAGAAGAUUUGGAACUACUUGUCGGCCCUGUUUUGGAACGUAUGCGUUCACAACCUGGCUCACCAUUGUCUGGCUCACCCCUUGCAUCCAGAGAAACGUCACCGCACAGGGUUUGCAGCAUGACCAGACAUAUUGCGAGUAGUUUAGAAACUAGCCCAGCCAGUAGUAACAGUGCAAGUCCAUUGCCACCGGAUACAGAUGGCGAAGAAGAAGAAUUCAUAGAUACCGUCGAAACUGCUCCGGAACGUUCGCAGAAGGACGCAACGAAAACCUCUACUUCAAGCCAAAAAAUACUGAAUGUAUUAAAUGUUACUAAUGAUGUAAUUAGCGAGCCAAUUGUACCAAAGGAAAAUUCUGUAGAAUUGACUAAUGGAUACACUAAUAUAAAUGGUUACACGGAAACGGUGAUAGACAGUAAACAAGAAAGGACCAGGCAACGGAGUAAAAGAGAUGAAAAAUCGAAUGUUGAUUUUUACAAUCAAAUAGCGACAACUAUGCAGAAUUUACAAAGAGACUUGGAUAGAAUUACAGCUAGAGUGCGUAGCUUAGAAGGCCAAGCAUUACACGCGUUGGCUCCGCAAGUUAGACAACCAACAACAGCGACAACUUCAUACUCAAAAUGGUGGCCAUUACCGGAAUGUUCUCCGAGAUUAUUCACUAUAUUAAUUUUAUGGCCGCUUAUAGUACAAUUUUUGAUUUUAUUUACACAACGCUAUCGUCAACGGAGACUGUGAUCUAAAUGUAGCUGUUUUGUUCAAAACUUAUGCAAUUACUCAUCAUUAAGUAACGUUAAACGUAAAAGACACAGAAACUUGUAGGUACUAUCGCGUAGAGAAGCAUUAUUAUUAUUAUUAUUAUUAUUAUUAUUAUUAUUAUUAUUGUUAUUAUUAUUAUUAUUGUUGUUGUUGUUAUUGUUGUUUUUUAAGGAACUAUAAUUUAGAAAUGAAUUUCGUAGUUCAUUUGAUGCCCUGCAAGAAUCGAUAAAGAAAUAUCUUUAUUCUGUAGAAAAUCAGUUUAGCAUAGUAAUUGUAUAAACUAAUUGUGUAAAAUUCUCAAAUUUCAUAAAUGCUCGCACAAUUGUAUGUGUAGCAAUGUGUACAGAAAGAUUUAUUUAUUUUAAAAGACGAUAAUUGACGGGAAAAGAUCCGUUAGUCUUUGAGUAUGUUUAUAUAUUCAAAACAGGUGAAAUAAUUUGGUACCUAAGGUGACUUAUAUGUAUGAUAAAUAAUUAUAUGUAUUCAUAUAUUGUAAUAUAAAAGCAAAGAUAUUAUAUACAAAUUUUAUAUUGUGAAUUCAGGUUAAAGGUAUAAAAUAGACUUUAUUAAAAUAUUCA